AUGCCUGCGAGUUGGUCGACACCAAUAGAGGAUCAGGUCAAGCUAAACAGCACCAUAGAGUAUCAGGUCAAGCUAAACAGCACCAUAGAGAAUCAGGUCAAGCUAAACAGCACCAUAGAGGAUCAGGUCAAGCUAAACAGCACCAUAGAGGAUCAGGUCAAGCUAAACAGCACCAUAGAGGAUCAGGUCAAGCUAAACAGCACCAUAGAGGAUCAGGUCAAGCUAAACAGCACCAUAGAGGAUCAGGUCAAGCUAAACAGCACCAUAGAGGAUCAGGUCAAGCUAAACAGCACCAUAGAGGAUCAGGUCAAGCUAAACAGCACCAUAGAGGAUCAGGUCAAGCUAAACAGCACCAUAGAGGAUCAGGUCAAGCUAAACAGCACCAAAGAGGAUCAGGUCAAGCUAAACAGCACCAGAGAGUAUCAGGUCAAGCUAAACAGCACCAUAGAGGAUCAGGUCAAGCUAAACAGCACCAUAGAGGAUCAGGUCAAGCUAAACAGCACCAUAGAGGAUCAGGUCAAGCUAAACAGCACCAUAGAGGAUCAGGUCAAACUAAACAGCACCAUAGAGGAUCAGGUCAAGCUAAACAGCACCAUAGAGGAUCAGGUCAAGCUAAACAGCACCAUAGAGGAUCAGGUCAAGCUAAACAGCACCAUAGAGGGUCAGGUCAAGCUAAACAGCACCAUAGAGGAUCAGGUCAAGCUAAACAGCACUAUAGAGGAUCAGGUCAAGCUAAGCAGCACCAUAGAGGAUCAGGUCAGCGAACUGGAAUCACUGGGGAUAUCAGCCUGUUCCCUUGACCUCGAUAACAUCUAA